GGCAGCCCUGCUUCCAUGCGGCAGUGAAUGUACGCGGGCUAUAGUAAUAGAGCUAUGGCUGGACCGUGACCUUCUGUGAUCAUUCUGAUUGCUCCAAGGCUGCACGUGCUAUGCUGACAGCUGUAUAUUGCUUGUGUAUUGCUGACAGCCAACAGACUGUACGUCCUACUACUAGUAGUACUAUCGACUCGAGUCGUGACUCGUGAGGCGCUGGGGGAGUAACAGACAGUCGGCGGAACAUUCGAGAGGGCCUACCCUAACCUAGCCCGACCAGGCUGUGCGACGGAUUGUCUAUACAUUCUAUUGGUCGUAAUGCAAGGCUGUAGGACUAGGAGCGCAUACCUACUUGCUGGGCAGAGUGCAGGUUUUGUAUUUAGUUAUGGGAUUAGGUGUGGAACAAGCCAAAGAUUCAGAUGUGGGAAGACUGUGAUGAGUACAACUAGAACCAUUUCCACAGUGCGCGUUAAUGGCUCUAGAUGGCUCAGCUGUCCACCUAGCAAGAAAUUGUUAGUCAGUAAAGCUAUCCCUCCACAAGAAAUCAGAUGUGCACUUUGGAAAAGAUUCAGCAGCACAUUACCUACAAUAACUACGCAGGAAAAUACGUUGGCCGUUGUCAAGGAAGACGGAAAUAUGUUGGAGAUUCACUGGAGUGAAGGAGGCAAGUCACAGUUCAAUUCAACCUGGCUUCGUCACCAGUGUCACUGUGAGCAGUGCAAACAGCUUGGUAGUGGUCAAAUGCUAGUCAAUCCAUCCUCUUUACCUCCACUACUUAGCAUCAAAUCUGCACUAGCUGUCAAUAAAUCUGUCACCAUCACAUGGGCAGAAGAUGGCCAUACUGGUCAAAUUCCGUUGGGCUAUCUCCAGGAUAAUGCCGUUACGGACUUCAGCCUAUUUGAAUCAAUCCAGUCAUCCUCACCAGAUCCUCUAGAACAUAUACCCGAAGUUGACUACGGUGAUCUUAUUCGUGACAAGAGAGAAAUUCUCCGGUGGAUGUCGGACAUCUCGUCUUCUGGCAUCAGUAUUGUUCGAGGUACACCUGUCAAACCGGGAACAGUGGGGGACAUUGCUGAACUCAUCGCACCAGUACAGAAUACAAUCUAUGGACACGUGUUUCAAGUUCGUAACAGUCCAAACCCAAUCAACGCUGCCUACAGUACAGCUGAACUUCCAUUGCACACAGACCUGGUGUAUUAUGAGUCGCCACCUGGUCUACAACUGUUGCAUUGCAUAAGCUGUAAUGAUAAUAUCAUUGGAGGUGAGAGCACAUUCCGAGACGGCUUCCACGCUGCAGAGGAGCUUCGACAACUGUAUCCAGAUGAUUUUUCGACACUGGUUCGAAUGGCUGCAACUUUCCAAAAGAUUCACUAUGAAAGAGAGCGACCAGUCCACAUGAGGUACUACAGGCCUCACAUUGUGAUCAACUCCCUCGGCUGUAUCACUGCAAUCAACUGGUCACCGCCAUUUGAGGGUCCACUCAAGAUUCCAGCAUCUGAGAUAGAUGCAUACUACAUGGCUUACACAAAGUUUGCUAAGCUGAUAGAAGACUCGCCUAGAAAAAUUCAGUUUCGACUGAAACCUGGGGAUGCAGUCGUGUUCAACAAUCGAAGGAUCCUUCACGGUCGACGUGAGUUUAAGUUGUGUGAAGAUACUGAUCGAUUCCUAGAGGGCUGUUACAUUAACAUUGAUGAAUUCAAAAGUCAGUUGAUGGUUUAUCAUAGUAUGUAUGGUACUGACAAACAGUUUAACUUUAAGCGUGUAUCCAAUCAAGAUUUCUACCAUUAGAAACCAGGGUUUCUUUACUUAGUACACGUGUCAAUAUCGGAAGUGGGUAAUAUCAUGAGUGAAUUAAAACAUAACAACAUAUCCGGAUAACUAACAUAAUAGUAAGCAUACAUAUCACCAAUAUGAUAUUUAAUCAAAUUAAUAUUAUCCUCUUCUGCAAAUAUGUGUUGAAAAAGUUACAUUGUGAUUUAAACUAACAACUUUCCAUCUUUGAUGAAGACUCAGAAAUUUAGAGCAAUCUAUGAAAGUAUUUUUAUUGUUAUGUUUUGACAUUGAUAAUUAUCAGUAACCGAGCUUAAUUUGGUAUUUAGGCUGAUAGGGUCUAUGUCUCCCUGGGUACUGCCGGAACGUACCCUGGUACUAUCUAAUAUGCCGGA